AUGCAUGAAACCGUGUGGUUUGGUCUUUCUUCUUGCUCCACUCUCAUCUACUCUCCUUAUUCUCCUACUCUUAUUUACUCUCCUCCUUCCUCUACUCUCAUCUACUCUCCUUAUUCUCCUACUCUUAUUUACUCUCCUCCUUCCUCUACUCUCAUCCACUCUCCUUUACCCACUCUUAUCUACUCUCCUUUUGCACCAUUCUCAUCUAUCUCCUCCUCCUUCAACUCUCAUUUACUCUCCGCCUUCCUCUACUCUCGUUUAGUCUCCUCUUUCCUCAACUCUCAUUUAAUCUUCUCCUUCUUCCAGUCUCAUUUACUUUCCUCCGUCCUCCACUCUCAUUUACUCUCCCCCUUCCUCCACUCUCAUUUACUCUCCUCCUUCCUCCAUUCUCAUGUAGUUCUGCUUUUUUUUCACUUACAUCUAAUUUUCCUACACCCUUCUUUAUCUAGCUUUAUCCAGUUCUCCUCUUCCUUCUUUGUCCUUUCAUCCAUUACACCUUCUUUGUUAACCAUUUUCCUAUCAACCUCUUAUUUUCUGAAAUUCAGACGCGCAAGUCCAUUUUCUUACUUUGCACGUCCAAAUAGAUACUUAUUCGUGGACACUCAUUUUAUUGUUGGCAUUUCUUCUUCUUCUUCUUCUUCUUCUUCUUCUUCUUCUUUAUCCUUUUCUUCUUCUUCAUUUUCUUUAUCCUUUUUCUCGUUUUCUUUAUCCUUUCUUCUUCUUCUUCUUUACGUCUCUUUAUCUUCAUCUACCGAGCUGUUGCUGACCCUGUUUUUCUUUUCUAUUCUUGAACCUUCUUUUUCUAUAUUCCAUCAAUAUUUGUGUCUAACGUUACGAUUGGUGAAUUUGAAAAUUUGCCAUCUAACAAAAAUUAUCUAUCUUUGCCAUCUAUCUAUCAAGACAUCAUAUCUAUCUAUCUAUCUAUCUAUCUAUCUAUCUAUCUAUCUAUUGGUAUCAUCAACGAUCUGUUCAAACUAUCUAUCUAUCUAUCUAUCUAUCUAUCUAUGUUGGUUCAUCAACGCUGAAACUGAUCAUUGA